GACAAUUAUAUCAGGUAAACAUGAAUUUGGACGGAGAAAAGUUACACUUGGCAGUGUGUCCAUGCAUGAUCUAGUUUUUUAUAUAUAAAUAUAUAUAUUAUUGAAUUAAUUAGUGAUAGAUAACCAAAAGAAAAAAAAUUAACGUGGAAGCAUGUUUGUCUAAAAUAAAAACGUGGAAGCAUGAAACAAACUUGUGGAUACAUUGUCGAAGAAGCAAAAUAGAUUGUAACAUAAACAUUCCAUAAAUUUCUCCCCAAAGUUUUAUUCUUCAACCACUAUCUUAGUCUUGUCAAAGUUCCACCUCUCGUGGCCCAAAAAAUAAGGAUCUUCAUUCGUUAAUAAUUUUGUCUCUAUAGUUUGUCAUUGAGUCUAUUCUAUUGUUCCAAUUUUCCAUUCUCCAUUUCCCCCCUUACUUCCAUUUCAUUAACAUUUCACAGGGCGCUUCUUUCUCAUUGCUGGCAAAAUGGCAAAUGCAGCGUCCGGAAUGGCUGUGCACGACGAUUGCAAACUGAGGUUUCAAGAACUUAAAUCGAAGAGGAGCUAUCGAUUCAUCGUGUUCAAAAUAGAAGAACAACAAGUUGUGGUUGAAAAAUUAGGAGAGCCAUCAGAAAGUUAUGAUGACUUUAUGGCUAGUUUUCCAGCUGAUGAGUGUCGCUAUGCUGUCUAUGAUUUUGAUUUCACAACAGAUGAGAACUGUCAGAAAAGCAAGAUCUUCUUUUAUGCAUGGUCGCCCGAUACCUCAAGGGUGAGGAUGAAGAUGGUGUAUGCAAGUUCUAAGGAUAGAUUCAAGAGAGAAUUGGAUGGCAUUCAAGUUGAACUUCAAGCAACUGAUCCAAGUGAGAUGAGCUUGGACAUUGUGAAAGGGCGAGCCCUCUAAGACUCUCUUUUUUUGCUAAAUAUAUUCUCCUUCAAUGUUAUGGAUUAAUUCCUAGCUGUUUAGCAACUUGUGUUGUCAUAUGCAUCAUUCUUCCUUGUACUUAGAUACCUUGUUUGUUUUUCUAGUUUUUGUAGACUCUUGGCUUAUUUGAUCUUGAAGGGCCAUGUUGUGGUGGGUUGAAGAUUAGUAACAUAUAUUAUAGGUUGGUUUUCUUACAAGUUGCCAAUUUGACUACUUGAUUUUUCACUUGAGGUUGGGUUUUGUGCAAUAGUUGCUACCUAAAGAAUUAUAAUGUGUAAUGUCUCUUUUUCUUUC